AUGGCUGCCAAAACCGAAGAAACGAAACUAGUUCGCCUUGGAUCAGCGGAGACUUGCCUGCAAGCUUGGGGAAGCUCGUUACCUUGUAAUGGUAUAUACAUAUAUACAUAUCUGAAUGUAUGGAUUUUGCAUUCUUGGCCUUCCCGCUGCAAGGAAUUCUUGGUAGAUGGUUUUCUCUUCCAGCGAAAAGAUGUUUCACAUUAUGUGCUGACCCAUUUCCACAGUGAUCACACUGUGGGGUUGACGCGAAACUUCGAUUGUGGAACUAUCUAUUGCACGGAUGUGACGGCAGCCUUGAUCACUGAAAUGAUGGGUGUGGAUGCCGCGCGGGUGGUGGCAUUGCCACUGCAGCAACCACUGCAGUUCGACACUGACAAGAGUGGCUUCAUCGACCGCGAGGAACUCAAAGCAGUGCUGGCGGCCUUGAAUCCAGACCUCACCAAGAAGGAUGAGGAAGUGGACAGACUGUUCGAAGCCUCGGAUGCCAACAAGGAUGGGAAGAUUUCCGUGGAAGAGUUUUGCAACUACGUGUUCAGUGAGAAAACCUCAGCUGUCCACACGUGGCACCUCAAGGACGGGAGAGUCCAGCAAAAGUUCAUCGACGGCCGUACCCGAGUUACAUUUCCAGACGGGUGCACGAUUGAUUCAUACAAGAACGGUUUGAAGAUUCAGACCGACAUUGAUGGUACGACAAUUAUGACAGAUCCGGAUGGACUGUCGCAAACCAGUGUCAUGCCAGAUGGAACCUGCAUAAUGGAGUCUGCAGACGGCAAAGUUUUUACAAGAAAGCCAGAUGGUACAAGUAUCACACAGGAUCCGAGUGGAACUUGUGUUCAAAUCGAUCCACAGGGUGAUCGCACGAUUACUGACCCAGACGGCCGCACAACUACUCAUUUUGCCAACGGCGCAGUGGUGGAAAGGUUUUCGCCACAACAGUCUGCUAAAAACGGAGCUACCCGUGUUCAGCGUUGCGCCUCUGGGGCACUAAUCGUGACAUAUUCUGAUGGGAGGAAAGUCCAGUUUAGCCCUUCGGAUGGUAUUCUCUUAGAGACAACCGGUGACGGCAAGACAAGCCUCCAAAGGCUUCCUGACGGCUCUGGCAUUCGCCACCACAAGAAAAACCCUCACAACGAUGAGCGACUGUCGUCCCUAGACAUGGAUGUUGAGAUCUCCAGUGGAAGGAGUAAACUGCCGAAGCAGGCGGCAACGCCUCCGGUCGUCGAGUUUUCAUCCCUCGCAUCGGCCCUGAACUGUGAGAUUCUGUCAGCCCCUGCAUCACCGGUGAAGAGAAAAAGCAGUUUCAGAAGCCUGCAGGAGGAAUCUCCAGAAAUCGCAUCUGGCCAAUGCAGUCACGACUCGCCAACGUCACCAGUUCCACGAGCGGUCGCUGUGGACCAGUUGACUGGUGGAGGCCAGCGGACCACUUUUGAGGGAGGCUUGGUUGUUGAUCGCCAUGUGGAUGGCACAGUCCUGGAGACACAGCCAGGUGGACAAUCGAAGCAGAUUAACUCCGAUGGGACCAUCAUCUUAGUGGACAAAGCAUCUGCAACUGAGACGACUUUGCGCCCGAACGGGACAAGUAUCACCAAGCAUGCAGACGGCCACACCAUACAGAAGAAUGCAGAUGGAACCACUCUCAUUAAAGGCGCCGAUGGUGUCGUGACCCAGGUUGAUCCAGACGGAGGUCGCAUAGUGACCCUUCCAAAUGGUGAGAAAACCAGCCAUUUUGCAGAUGGUACCGUGGUUCAGAGUUGGCCCAACGGAGAAAAGCACCAGACAUUUCCCGACGGUUGUACAAUUUCAACGCACCCGGACGGAUCCUCGGAACAGGUUGACCCUGAUGGAACUAGAAUCGUCGCUCUUGCAGACGGCUCCAGCACGGUACUGAAACCAAGCGGUGUGAAGAUCAUAGCCGCAGCCUCAGGUGAGACGCUUCAGACAGACCCGGAUGGAUGUCAGAUUCGGACCUUCCCGAAUGGUCGGAAGGUUCAGAAAAGUGCAGACGGCUCGAUUUUAGAGAUUUUUCCAGACGGGACCUUGCGACAGUGCAAGCCGGAUGGAUCAGGCUUUGAGCUCAGUAGUGGCAGCAGAAUCCAGACAGACUUUGGUCGCGGCACCUUGACGGCCACUUUGAAUGGCAUCCAGGGCGUCCAGGGCGUAUGGCUGACCUUCGUGGAUGCGGGGCACUGUCCCGGCAGUGCCAUGGUGGUGUUUGAGGAAGACCAUUCCUCCGGGAGUUCAACCACGCAAAGCGUUGUGCUCCACACAGGUGACUGCCGUGCUUCAGCCCAGAUACGAGACGGCCUGAUGGACUGGCUAGCAGGUCGCACGGUGGCUGAGCUUUUCCUGGACACUACGUACUGCGCUCGCCGCUGGACCUUCCCAGCACAGCAAGAGGCUUGCAGCUGGCUGGCAGAACUGACUGCAGCGGAGCUCCAGCGCGAGCCGAAGACCCUCUUCGUGGUUGGAUGCUACCAGAUCGGGAAGGAGCGCGCGGCCCAGGCAGUGGCCGAGGCUGCUGGGUCCUCCGUUUUCGUCGAGCAGCGGCGCUGGAAAGUGAUCCAACUUGCAGGUUGGGGCGAUGCUUCUCUAAAGUCUGGCCAGCCUCUGUGGAGCAUUGACAAGGAAGGCUGUUGUGUUUGGAUGUCCGCUUUGGGCGGUCUGGCUCACGAUGUCUUGAAGCACUACCUGGACUCCACCAAGGGCCAGUUCGAAUCGGUGGUGGCAUUCAGCCCAACCGGAUGGGCAUGGUCGCCCAAAGCCAUGGCCAAGGGGAGCAGUGGCUGCCGUGCCUGGAUUGAGAAUGAUGGACGCACCAGGGUGUACAGUGUGCCCUACAGUGAACACUCGUCCUUUACGGAGUUGCAGUCUUUCGUCAGCGCUAUCAAGCCCGGGCGGUUGGUUCCAACCGUAAACUCCGAGACUCGCGAAAGCAAAGAGCGCAUGAUGGCACCCUUCUUGGAUGUGCUGGACCUUAAAGGCGAUCCUGAACGCAUGGACCACUACAUGUUCGGUGGUAGCUCAUCUUCAUCAGCUUGCAAGCCGGAGACAGUUGCGCGGUGUGAUUCGUUCGUGGACGUGCUGUCGCUGUCGAGCAGGGUGACGGAUUCGCUGCCUGCGGAAUCUGCGGAUGAUGCGGAAGACGCACCUGGAGACUUGACCAGGACGGCUGCAACGCCUGUCUGGAGGACCGGAGUACUUUCCGGCUGCAGGCACUUGAAGCCUGGAGCCAUGGACCUGGACUCCGAGGAUUCCACCACAGUUGGUGGCAGCUCCUCCUCCACGUCUCCAGCACGAGUCCAGCCCGACCAGGACCUGGGGAUGCAGGAGUGGACAUCCACGGCUGCUGGCUCUGAAUGUGGGGAGCCAGAUCGCUCCGUGAGCGGCUUGAUUGUCGAGCUGUCGGACUCGCAGGACGAGGCGGCGGCGGGAGAAGGACCAGAAGCUGACACUGAAGCGGACGAUCUGCGCUGUGUCGACGUGGAACAGCAGAAAAGGCUGCUUCGAUUCUUUGAGUCUGCCGGUAGAAGUAAAGACGCCAAAGAUGCGAAGGGUCCACAGAAGCUCGCUGCAAAGAAACCGGCAAAGAGCAAGGGCAAAGGCAAGGGCAAAGGCGGCAAGGGCAAGAAGGAGCCAGAGGCACCCGUCCUGAAACACUUGGGUGUAAAACUCGAGAAGCAGGAGAAGCCGAAGGCUGCACCACGCAAGCGGACCCAGUCAGGCACCGCAAAGCGGCAAAAGACGGAGCCAGGUCCCAACGCCGAUCCGAAACUGCCUGGAGAGAAACGGCCAACUCGUUUCGUUCCGAAGCCCAGCGCGCGAGUUCAGGAGCGCAUCGACAGAGCUUUCGGCCAUCGUCUAUAUUUUCUGGCUCGCAGCGAGUCAGGCUCUGGUGAAAAGCUCGAUGUUCUUGGCAGCACCGGCAACGUCUACCAUGUGGAACUGCAGCCACAGGGGAAUUCCUGCACUUGCCUGGACUUUGCAAAGGGAGGCGGUGUGUGCAAGCACCUCCUCUUCGUCACCUUGCGAGUCCUCAAGCUUGCAAGGGAUGACCACCGAGUGUGGCAGACAGGAUUCACUUCAUCCGAGCUGGCCCCGUUGCUUGAGAAGCUUCGGAGCGAGGAGUUCCGCGCGGCGGCUGCUGGCGUGCAGGCGGAUGCCACAAUCAUGCGUGGCUACCGAAAGGUCCAGGGCUCCCAGGAUGCCGUCGUGCGGCAGCCGCUGCCAGCUGACUGUCCCAUUUGCUUCGAGCAGAUCGAGUCCGAAGAGGCCGCUGAGUUCUGCCGCACUUGCGGCCACAACGUACAUGCAGAUUGCCGCCGACGGUGGGCGGCAGCAAGCGGGCAAAGCAGCUGCCCGAUGUGCCGCAGCCCUUGGGGCGAGGCUGCCUCGAAAGCCGCAGAGGCAGAUGCACCGGUGAAUCUGGCAGCAUACUCCGCUGAGCAUCGCGAGGUGAGUUUGGCGGCCCUGUACCCGGAGACGCAUCGCUGGAUCCAGCGGCGAGACGGCGAGUGA